CAGGAAAAUGCCCUGAACAGCUCUUACUUUUCAAUGUGUGUUGAGUUGGAUUUUUUUUUGUUCUUGGUCAUCUCGCCCCUGAUUUGAUGGCGAGGAAACCCCGUUGACAAGGCACGCUUCAUGACGUUGUCAUGGAUGAUGACGAUGACCGUGAUCUGCGAGAUGUUAUUGGCGAUGUACAGGCAUUGAAUGAUUUUCUUCAUGGACCUGGUAGUCAAGAAAUAGAUGAGGAUGAUUUGCUCGGUUCAGCCUGCACUAUUGACAACUCUAAUUCACUUUUUGCUGAUGCCAUUAGUGCUGAUCCUACCUCUUCUACUAAAGAUACACAUAACCACAUUGGAGAAGAAUCCAACUCAAGACUGCAAUUAGCAAGUGGUCUGAAUGUUUUGGAGGAACUGGAUACCUCUUCACCUCUCUCAAACUUAAAUGGGGACCAGCCUUUUGACAUUCUGCAGAAGUCUCUUCAAGAGGCCAAUAUCACUCAACAAACCUUACAGGAGGAAGCAGAUUUGGCAGCCGGUAUUACUUCCACCCAGGAGUUUUCUCAAACUCAGCUUCAUGCUGCGUCCUUUUCUCAGGUUUCACAGUUAUCUUCUGGCACUUCAGCAGUAAGAGGCCUGACACAGCAGCAGAUGAAUGUAACACCGGCUCCCAUUUUGCAGCAGGUUUUGCGAACUCCCUUUGUAAAUAAUGAAGCUAAUGUACAGCCUGGGUUUUUUCAACAAAUGGGCAUCAACAGUGUUGCCAUUCAGCAUGUACCCAGCAGCAACCAAGCUGGUGGCAUUGGACCAAUUCAGCUGAUUAGUUCAUUAGAUGCUCAGCAACCUGUAAUGACUGUUAAUCACCUUGAAGGGUCUCAGUUUAUAUCGAAGAGCAGUGGACAGCCAACUGCUCUAACCUCGGUGCCUCUAGGUGGUUACAAUAUGUCAUCUCUUCCCAACCAGCAACAAAUGUCUUUGAAUUCGUCUGGCUUAAGUGAGACUGGUGGAUUGUUGCUUCAGAGAAGAGUGACAGCACUUAAUGGAAACACUUACUAUGGGACCUCUAACAUUGGUCAGGUACCACAACCUAUGUCUGUUCACUUUAGUGGUAAUAAUAUUCAAACAGCACUGCCUUUGCAUAAUAUUAUCAUUCAAAGAGGCCCUGUACCAAGCCAGUCUAAAAUUUCACUUAGUAUUCAACCUAAGCCUGCUCAGAUGAAUCAGCAACAAACAGUUUACAAUGUCAACAACUUGGAAUUGCAGACAGCGUUCAAACUCCAAAAUGAAGUUGCAUUACAGCAACAGCAAAUGCAGCAUGGCCUUCCUUUUUGCUCCACAAACUCUUCUCAGAGUUCAUCAGUGGGCCCAGCAUUGGGUGUUAAUAUUACAAAGCAACAGGUACGUGGAAAGUCCGGUAGACCACAAGUUUUAAAUCAAACUGGAAACAGUAUCAUAAUUCGUCCUCCUAUUGGACAACAUGAACCUCUUGUAUCCCAGAACCAGUUUUUCAUUCCUACCAGCCUAGCAUUAAAUAUGAAUUCAACUGUUCAGCACCUUCAGACUGCAAAUGGACAGAUUCUUCAAAAUCGAACAGUACCCACCCAACUGGUCUCUAGCCAAGUAGCUUCUGAAUGUGUUCUAACGAAUCGGAAUUCUUCCGGUACGAUGCUGGCUACCCAGUCUUUUUCAGGACAAUUCUUGAAUAAUCAGAAUUCUGCUGGACAGUUGGUUUCUGGCCAGGGUGUUAUGGAACAAGUUGUUAAUGCUUCAGGAGGGCAGCUAUUAACAAACCAUGGCUCAUCGCAGCUCAUAACUGGGCAGGUUCCACUCCACCAGGCAUCACCGAUGGUAUUUAAUCUUACAACCAGUCAAGGUGUCCAACCCACUGCUGGCUCAAGCAUUAAUACAGGAAUAUUUAAACAAUCUGGGCAGAAUGCAGUCCAAGGAAGGUCAUUGCAAAACCAGCUUACUGUUUCAAAUACACCUAGUUCAAUGUGCUCCAGCUAUGUGUCUACUGUACAGCCUAUAAUAUCAUCAGCAAGCGGUGGUGACCAUGUCACACAAACAUGUUCCAGUGGUAACAUUGUAAUGGUUUGUCAGGGAGAGCAAUCUCUUGUGACUGUACAGCCUGCACAGCAGCAACCACAGUGCCAGCAACAGUUGGAUAUGAAUCAAAUUUACCGGAUUUCCAAUCCUUAUCACCAAAAUGCAAGUGUAAUGCAGUCCUCACGACAGGUCGUAUUUAACCGGACAGAGAUGCCAAAUACGCAAAGCAGCAAUCAGCAACAAUUUCUGUACUCGCAAGCUCCAAAGAAGAUGAUGGCAACAAGUAAGCACCAACCAGUCACUAGUCACUCCUUGGCUAGCUUGGGACAGCUCUCCAAUCAAGCUUCAGCUUCUCUCUUUGGCAGUCAUACUCUGCCCAGUUCUGUUCCAAAGGCGCAUUCUGGUGAUGGCAUAAGACAGCCCCAUAUACCCAGCAUAUUGAGCAAUGCAGGAAUUCUAGGCAAAGCUACAUGUCUGACUGUGCAAAUGAGCGACAGUCAACUUCACAAAACUGCUGGUACUUUACAACAGCACUUGGGACAGCUGCAUCCACUGCAGGAUAAAAUGUUAGCACAGCCAGAGAUACAGAAAAUUUCACAAUUCGAAGGCCAAAAUGUGGGACAGAAGAGACCUGCAACAAAGCAACUUACUAAAGAAAGUUUGAUUCUUCAGCAAUUGCAAGAAGAACAAAAAAAUGUUCUACAACCUGACUAUAAAACACCCUUCAGUUCACUGGAGGAUGCCAUGCAACGGCUUCUUCCAUAUCAUGUGUUCCAAGGGAAUCUGCCUUCCCAAGAGGAAUUUCAGAAAGAUAAUAAGGAAUCAAAGACUUCACAACAGCUGGAUAAUGAAUUUGAAACUGUCUCAGUGCAAUUGCUAAAACGCACUCAGAUGAUGCUCAGCAAGUACAGAAGACUGUUAUUGGAAGAUGCAAUGCGAGUAAAUCCUUCUGCUGAAAUGGUGAUGAUUGACAGAGUGUUCAAUCAGGAUGAGAAAGCAGCCCUUAACCAGGACAAGCGCUUUUCUUUGGAGGAUUCUGAUGGCUAUUUGGCAAACUUCUGUUGUUCAUCCACCGUUUUUGUAAAACCUGUAGCUGAAACACAACCAUUAACUACAGAUGUGAUGCCACAUAAGUCUUCAGAAAGUAGUAGCAGGCAGUCUACACCAGCAAAUGCUACUAUCAACCAGAAAAGUGCAUCCUCAAGGAUGGUUCAUUUAACUUCUUCUGUGGCAAGUGAGGUCAAGGCAACCACAAACUCUUCCACUAUCAGCCCAUGCACUGCUAAAUCCUACAGCAGCAGCAAAGGGCUAAAACUAACAAUCCAUCCGGAGACAGCUUAUGGAGCUGGAACACAAAGUAAAUCUUCAAAAACUCAAGAGCAGUCAGAUACUGGAAACCAAGGUGAUAAAAUUACUACUGGUCCCUCAUCUGGUUACGUAGAGACUCAAAGCACAAAAAUUUGUGAACCUGUUGUUGGAACUGUCCAAAUACGUAAAGGAGAAGAAGAUACGUCUGAUGUUGAGGAAAAGCACCAUAAUUCUUGUGAUAAAGUCACUGUAGAAGGUCUAAUGAAGGAAGCACUGAACCCUGUUAUUAAUCAGAUUAGUAAUCCCAUUAAAUUGGAACAUAAUGAGGGUGACUCACAGUUGCCUUGGCAUGACCAGUCACAAGACAAAAGUGCUAAAAAUUCUCAACAGCAUGACUUUUCAUGUAUGCAGACUAAAGAUGCAAAAGAAGCACAAUGCGACACAUCACUCCAUGAACAUUUGGAGAGUGCAAUCAAUAGCAUUUUGGAUCUACAACAAGCUCAGAAACCUUCUGACAGUGCUGUCAUCAAAAAUAACUCACCUGACCUUGAAACUCCUCAUUUUUCAGCCUUAGCUCCUGUGGAGAACUAUAUAGAAAAAUGUAUCCCAGAUCAUAAUGAGGGCAUCAGAGAAACAGACUCCAUCUUAGAAGCAGCAGUGAAUAGCAUACUGGAAUGCUGAUAAUGUGACCAUGAAGGAACAGAAAUGAUUGUCAGCUGUGUUGACAACUUAUAAGGAUAAAGUAGCAUGGUCCUCUGUAUUGAGAACAGGUGCAGUUAGUGUUCCGGGAAAGAGGAUAAAUGGAGUAGAAACUAGGAUAUAGAUUUAUUUUGAAGCAAACUAGUUUGAGCUUAGGAAGGUCCAUUGUAGUUUGUACAUUGAAAAUAAUUAUGGUGGCACAAGGUGCACAUUAAGUCUUUUGUUUAAAAGUCGUUAAGAGAAAAUUAAUUUUAUUGAGUUUUGUUUUGAAAGCUCUAAUUUCAUGUAAAAUGUACUCUUCAAUUUCAAGAGUGCUUUUCAGUUUGUGGUAGUAAUUCAUGUUUUUAUUCAUACUUUAAUGUGUAAGUGUUAUUUUUUGGUUCUAUUUGUCUUUCAUUUUAUGUAAGACUUUUUGAAAAUCGAGUGCCAAUAAGUUAAUUUUGAAUAGUUGAUGAGCAACAUUCCCAUUUAAAUCAAAAUUUAAAACUGGAAUUGUUGAUACUGAAGUGAAAGCCCACUUCAUUAUUCAUUUUCCAUUUUUAAUACCACUAAGUAUGAUUAUUUAAGGGAGGCUGCUUUAGGUCUUAAAGGCCUAAAUAGAAAGCACAGUGUGGAUGUCCAUAUUGUGAUCCAUUAGAUUCUAGAUCUAAGAAAUGAUGAUUGCAUUCCCAUUUUGCAGACUUAUUAUUUUUGUCUUGCACACGCAGCAGUAAGCUUCCGUGCAUAAGUGAGGAGCACAAAGUACACCAUUAGAUCAGUGAGGCCUUACAAACUGACUUCACAAGAAGAAAAUGUCACUUAUGGACUAAAUGGUACAGCGUAUUUUGCUUUAAAUAUUCUGAUUUGUGUAGUGUCCAGCUAUGGUCCUCCUUAGAAAUGCUUUGUACACAUUUUUAAAAUAUUUAUAAAGAUUUUUUGUAAAAAAAAAAGAAAAAGGAAAUGUCAAAGUUAUUUUUGUUAUGUUGGUUCAGUAUCUAUAUAUAAAGCAUGGUAAAACAUGAUCUGAAUUAAUUAUUAAGAAGUAUUUUAGUUGAAUGCUAACAAAACACUGAAUCAACUUUUCAAAUGAGCCAAAGAAUUCAACAAAACCAAUUUGUGUUGAUCUUUUCUUUUAAUUUAUUGAAGAUUAUCUGUGUAUUCAAAUUUGUAGCACUGCAGGCUAGUGGCCACCAUUUCUCAAUAUUACAGUUUAUUUGAAUAUUGUGUUGUAAUUAUUUAUUUUGAUAUUAUUUGCACGAGAAGUAACUGAGUCUGUGAUGGAUAUUCCUAGACAGUACAGUAACAGUAAGAAUCUUUGAAUUCUUAAAUGAUGGCAGAAGAUUGGCAUAAAAUGUUUUGAGAUGUGGGGUUUAUUUCUUAUAAAAGGAAGUAUGCUUUGUGAACAGUUAUUUAACUGUUGUCCUACCAAAGAUGAAACCUUCUUAAUUUUUGUCAUGUAUUUUUUAAGGUUAGCAAAUUGAAAAUUUGUAUACACACACAGCAACAAGAGUCCUUGAGUUGAAUCCCCAGCCUUAAAGACAAUAAACUAAGAAAAAGGCA